AUGGCCGGCGCUGACUGGGCACUGAUCACCGGCUCAACCGACGGAAUUGGCAAAGGCUAUGCCGUGGAAAUGGCUCGAAGAGGCUUUAAAAUUGUUCUGGUUUCUAGAAACGCACAAAAAUUGGAAGCGGUCGCUGAGGAAAUCCGCUCCGAGACCGGAGUUGAGGUCAAAUGCGUCUCCUUCGAUUUCACCAGCACCAAUUUGUCCGAAUACGAGAGCAAACUCUUCGGUCAGAUCGAAGGUUUGCCAAUUGGUAUCCUUGUAAACAACGUAGGACUUUCUCAUCAUUUCCCGGACGAGUUUACCGAGAUGUAUGGCGGAGAAGAGCGUCAUCGCGAUGUCCUCAAUGUCAAUACUUUGCCCGUGACUCUUCUAUGCCACAGAAUUCUGAAGCAAAUGAAGCAACGUCGCUCUGGGGUCGUGGUAAACUUGAGCUCGUCAAUCUGCUUCGCCAACGCCGCUUAUUGGGGAGUUUACUCCACGUCUAAGGUAAGAAGUCUUCAGAAAGUUUUUAUAGGCAUACAUAACUACCGAUUUUCAAAACCAACGGCUUCUGGCUCAAUUCUAAUACGUUUCUUUUCAGAAAUACGUUGUUCAGUUGACCACAAUCCUUCGCAAGGAAUACUCCAGAUACGGAAUCACGGUUCAAUGCGUCUCCCCGAUGAUGGUAUCCACCAACAUGAGCAUGGUCCGCAAGCCAACUUAUUUCGUUCCAAGCGUCGACGACUACGUUCGGCAAGCAGUCAGCACGAUUGGUCGCGCCGCAGAGACCACCGGAUGUCAAAGCCAUCAAUUGCAAGCUUUCUGGUUUUUUCAAAUCCUUCCAGAGUUCUUCUUUGAUAUUUUCUGGGACAAUUACUCGAAUUCCGUGAGAAAGAUUGCCAGAGAAAGAUUGUUUAGGUGUCAACAAACAAGUGGAGAGUAGUUUAGUUAUGGGUAUUUUAAUAUGUGCGUAAUAUGUAUGAUAUUUGAAUAUAUUUAAAUAAUUUUGUUUAUUAUCGGUCUACGGGUUGUGUUUGUUAUAAUAAAGAAAGAUUGUAAAGGGCACUGAACGUCGAACUUUAGAAAUUUCUCUUGUGAGCGUCGUCGCACUUCUGUAUUGAACUCCAAACGUCCUUACAGCGUAGUUGAAGUGAAUAAAAUAAAAAAUAUAUUCCGAACAAACAUGGUUAUAUAAAACCUUUCUGUCAAUCGGUUGUUUGAGGUCGAAAAGUCAUCAAUGGCUUCAUGAUGAUAAAAGUUAAAUUCCGUUGCGUUUGAAAACUUGUAGAAUUUUUUCCCUUUCAACAUAACCUCUGAAGAAGCCGUCUUUGGGAUGAACCCUGCUCAUCCCUUCAACGACUGGAUAAUUGCAUAUAAUGCGCUUUCUCUUUCGGUUUACAUCCACAAACCCCACUUCGAACGCGAUGGUUCCACUUUUACGCCAUCUCAAUUACGGAGAAAGUAGCGCACGUUUUGGUAUUCUCGACCUGUUCAUAUAAUUAUGGAUUCUUAAUUUUGACGAUUGUUUGUUCAAGGAAGUCUCAGUUAUGUCCACAGAAUGUUAAGGAAUAAAAGCGACACUUCGGCGGCGACAAAAAGGUUCGUUUUUGGGGAGAUUAAGGCUCUUUUUUUUAAGUUUUCAGUUAUUUAUUUAGCUACUUUAAAGUGCAAAAUUAUUUAUGUCUGCCAUAAGCGGAUUGUUUUUGAUUUUUUUGCAAAAAUCUGCUGAUUAGAGACUUAUUUUUGGCGGUGGGAGGAUUUUGUCGUCGGGAGAGAAAGACGAGCUCGCAAAAUGCGGAGAGCGGUCAGAGAUCAAAGCACUUUGACGCCGUAUAUUUGUCAGUGUAACUGUCAAAUUUUGCCGACUUUCAAUCUACAUAUCCGCUCCGCAAAACGCCAACUAGGAGCCUGGCAGAGCUGAAAGUAUCGCAUAUAAAGCUAACCUAAAUUUGUACCAAGUUUCAUCAAAACCUAACAUAAGCGUUGCACUUGUAGAACUUCGAUGAUAAAAGAUUGAUAAAGGAUACCAUUUUUAAACAGUGUACAAUUAGUGCUGUGGUGGCUAGACUACAUAAAGCUGUAUUUUUUCAGUACCGACUCUGAAUCGACCUCAACCUUGUCACGUGAAGAGCUGACGGUAAUAUGCUACGAGACCCGGCUUUUCGCCCGAUUUUGCGUAUUUCUGGCUACAGUAUGCGCAAUCUCGGCCGUCCUCCUGGUGCCUUUGGUCUAUUCGCAUAUGGUGUAUACGGAAGACAUUGUCGAGGAGGAUUUGUCAUUUUGUCAGCAUCGGAUUCGCUACGUAAAAGAUCGAUUGUACGAGCUGACAGACGGGUUUAUCACAAGGCACAAACGGGCAUCAUUCCUCGACCAGAAGGCGGUCAAGAAGUUAAGGAAAAGGCCGCGUCGACGAAAGGCUGGGCAAAGAAUUAAUCCGCAAGGUGCGCAGAAGGACGACUAUACUGGAGAGCUGGACGAAUACGACGAUGAGGACAGGUAUCGUGAAAAAGGUAGGAACUUUUUGUAAGAAUAUUUUGAGCUUUCACCUGAAUAGUAACGGUAAGUUUUAGAUUACGUUGAAGAGCCGCUAAAAGUCGCCCCUUCCGGCUACCGUUCGCCAUUCGACUUUUCGUCGAUUCAAAAGAAAGCACCGCUCGAUGACGGUGGCACUGCUGGCCAGCCGGUUCCAGCUGCUUAUCAGCCAUCAGUGAGUCCCUCAGCCGCUCCGUCGCGCUACACAGAGGAGCCGGAUCAAUGCUGCAGCUGUGGCAUGGGCCCGGCCGGGCCGGCGGGCCCCACAGGUCCGGACGGCCCCAAUGGCCGUGACGGAAGGCCUGGAAAGAAUGGGCCAAAUGGCCAGGACGCCGAGCCCGAUCAAGUCCCCACAAUCGAUGAUUUUUGCUUCGAAUGUCCGAGAGGGCCGGCUGGACAACGAGGAUUGCCCGGAUCGAAAGGAGUCACUGGAGAACCUGGCCCGCCCGGAAGGAACGGAGAAUCUCCGCCACGAGGGCCGGCGGGACGUUCAGGCCCACGUGGGCCACGCGGGAGUCCAGGAAAGCCCGGUUCAAAGGGCCCCACCGGCCGCCCAGGAAUUCUACAGACAGUCGAAGCGCCAGCUGGGGAACCAGGAGCACCUGGAGAGGACGGUCCGCCCGGUCCUCCUGGGUCGCCCGGUCAGCCGGGAGAGGCGCAACCAGGACCCCCUGGGCCUGUGGGGCCUCCUGGGAUGCCCGGACAGGAUGGAGAGCCUGGUCCGCCCGGAGAUCCGGGUCGAAAAGGUCCUCGGGGAAAAGCGGGCGAUUGCUCACAUUGCCCGAGGCCGCGGCUUCCGCCAGGGUAUUAA